AAACUGUGUCUCAAAUCUCACAAUUCACAUUUUCAGAGAAACAAUGGCUUCGAUGAACGGAGCAGUAUCCGUCGCCGAAGAGGAUCAAGAAACUGGCGUUGCCUCCGUAAAAUUCGGCAGCCGCGAAGCCCUCGAGCAGGUCCGCAAGCUCACUGAUGUUGGCGCCAUGACCCGUCUUCUCCAUGAAUGCAUCGCGUAUCAGCGAGGCCUGGAUGUCGAACUCGAGAAACUACUCACUCAACGCACGGAAUUGGACAAACAGCUCCUCAAUCUUCAGAAAUCGGCCGAGGUUCUCGAGAUUGUCAAGGCCGAUUCCGACUAUAUGCUCUCCAACGUCCGCUCGACUUGCGACCUCGCCGACCAGGUGAGCGGAAAAGUUCGAGAGCUCGAUCUCGCUCAGUCUCGUGUUCAGAAAACGUUAUCACGAAUAGAUGCCAUUGUUGAGAGGGGUAAUUGUAUCGAAGGGGUGAAAAGAGCCCUAGAGACUGAAGAUUAUGAAUCGGCUGCCAAGUACGUCCAGACGUUUCUGCAGAUCGAUGCGAAGUACAGGGAUUCGGGGUCGGAUCAAAGGGAACAGUUGCUGGCGUCGAAGAAACAGCUCGAAGGAAUCGUUCGGAAGAGAUUAUCCGCGGCGAUUGAUCAAAGGGACCAUCCGACUAUUCUGCGCUUCAUCCGGCUCUUCCCCCCGCUCGGCCUUGAAGAAGAGGGAUUGCAGUUUUAUGUUUCUUAUUUGAGAAAGGUGAUUGCUAUGAGAUCGAGAAUGGAGUUUGAGCAUUUGACCGAGAUCGUGGAUCAGAACUUGGGUGCACAGAAUCAGGUUAAUUUCGUUGGCUGUUUGACAAACCUAUUCAAAGACAUCGUGUUGGCUGUCGAAGAAAAUGAUGAGAUCUUGCGUAGCCUUUGCGGAGAAGAUGCAAUUGUUUAUGCCAUCUGUGAGCUUCAAGAAGAGUGUGAUUCUAGAGGUUCUCUCAUCUUGAAGAAGUAUAUGGAUUACAGGAAUUUGGGUAAAUUGGCGUCGGAUAUCAACUCUUAUAGCAAGAAUUUGCUUUCUGUUGGAUCUGCAGAAGGACCCGAUCCGAGGGAGAUAGAAUUGUAUUUGGAAGAGAUAUUGUCGCUGACGCAGUUGGGCGAGGAUUACACUGAAUUCAUGGUGUCAAAGAUAAGGGGAUUGAGUUCUGUUGACCCGGAGUUGGGACCCCGAGCUACAAAAGCAUUUAGGAGUGGAAGUUUUAACAAAGUAGUUCAGGAAAUUACUGGGUUUUAUGUGAUUCUGGAGGAAUUCUUCAUGGUGGAAAACGUGAGGAAGGCUAUAAAGAUCGAUGAGCACGUCCCAGACAGUCUUACUACUUCCAUGGUGGACGAUGUGUUUUAUGUUUUGCAGAGUUGUUGCAGAAGGGCCAUAUCAACAUCAAAUAUCAACUCGGUCCUUGCUGUUCUUAGUGGUACCAUGAACUUGUUGGGCAAUGAGUACCAAGAUGCAUUGCAACAGAAAAUAAGAGAGCCGAACCUUGGCGCAAGACUGUUCUUGGGUGGUGUUGGGGCUCAGAAGACUGCAACGGAGAUCACAACGGCUCUAAACAACAUGGACGUGAGUGCUGAGUAUGUUCUGAAAUUGAGACAUGAGAUUGAGGAGCAAUGCGUAGAGGUAUUCCCUGCUCCAGCUGACAGAGAGAGGGUGAAAUCCUGUCUAUCUGAAUUGGGUGAGAUGAGCAACAGUUUUAAGCAAACCUUGAAUGUUGGCAUGGAACAAUUAGUGUCAACUGUGACACCCCGCAUUCGUCCUGUGCUGGAUAGUGUGGCUACCAUUAGCUAUGAAUUGUCUGAAGCCGAUUAUGCAGAAAAUGAGGUAAAUGACCCAUGGGUACAGAAACUACUCCACGCUGUUGAGACCAAUGCCGCAUGGCUUCAGCCACUGAUGACACCCAACAAUUAUGACUCAUUUGUUCAUCUCAUCAUUGACUUCAUUGUGAAGAGGCUGGAAGUCAUCAUGAUGCAAAAGAGGUUCAGUCAGCUUGGGGGUCUGCAGCUUGACAGAGAUGUGAGGGCUUUGGUGAGUCAUUUCUCUGGCAUGACCCAGAGGACUGUGAGGGACAAGUUCGCUCGUCUAACACAGAUGGCAACUAUCCUCAACUUGGAGAAGGUCUCUGAGAUAUUGGAUUUCUGGGGUGAGAAUUCAGGACCCAUGACCUGGAGAUUAACUCCAGCAGAGGUAAGGAGGGUGCUGGGCCUUAGGGUUGAUUUUAAACCUGAAGCAAUUGCUGCUCUUAAACUGUAACCUCCCUUCACAUAGUGUAUCUUAUUCAUCUCAUUUUUUUUUAUUUCUUAUUAUGUAGUUGAGUUUCUUCUUUUUCCUUUGGUUGGAUCCAUUUUGUUAGCUUUACGUUGAAGGAAACAUAUUAGGAAAUGGAGGAAUACCUAUCAAUGAAUAUAUUCUCAGAUCUCCAUUUUUUUGUUGUAACAAGGAAGCAACAAAGAAUAAAGAUUAUAAAUAGGAACCAUCUCAAUAUUUUUCUGAUCUUG